AUGGCGGGAGAGCCUAGGAAACGCAACCCGAACUUAUAUUGCCACUAUCAUCAGGAUCAUGGGCACACGACGAAUAAUUGCAGGAAUUUAUGGGAUCACUUGGAACAGCUGGUCCGUGAAGGGAAAUUAACACAACUUUUGCAUCACUCCAGUGGAAGGGCGGGCCAAGCAGGUUCAGAGGUGCGUGGGGACGCUUUAUCAAGACUCCCUCUGGGUACGAUUAACGUUAUCUUUGCGGCCCCGGGAAGGACUGGAUCUUGCCCCUCUCGAGUACUGUCGGUGUCUCGAUCCCCGGCCGAGGAUCAUUCCCAAGUAUUGAAGAGAGCCAAGGUGCGUGUCCCCCUGAUUCUAGGCUUUUCGGAUGAGGAGAUGGUUGAGACCAUACAGCCCCAUGAGUAUUUUUUGGUGGUAACGUUGAGAAUUGGAGGGUACGAUGUCAGAAGGGUGAUGGUUGAUCAGGGUAGCGCUGUGGAUGUAAUGUAUCCAGACUUGUACAAGGGGCUAGGUUUAAAGCCAGAGGACUUAACAACCUACAACUCUCCUCCAAGUGGCGUCCGAACAUGUGGAAGACCUCACGAGUAUCUUCGGGAUACUGAAAAAGCAUAA